AGAUAAAAAAAAAUUGAAUCCAAAACCUUAAAGUAACUAUACAUAUCUUCUAUCUUAUAUUCACCCAAACAUAAUAUUUGUUACUUGAACUGUUUCUGUAUAUGGAAAAAAAAAAAAAAGACUACAGUCUUGGUUAUGCUAAUGCAGUUUCUUGAUGAUAAAGACACCUAACCUACCAAAAAUCAAAGGUGACCCUACUGAUUGACCACUGCUCCAAGCACCGGGGAAGCAAAAAUCCUUUUGCCCACAGUGUCCGUUUCCUUUCUCUUGAUGAACGGAUGAACAAGGUCAGUGUCACUUUCCCAUUAACUGGAAUCUCACCAUUUAAAUGAAACAUUAAGGACCCAGAAUAUGCCACUUGGGAUAGCUUGUUUGGACACGAGAGUGAAACAAAAAACAGCCAAAUCUUAUUGGAGAAAGAGGGUGGUAUGGCUUUUAAUAAAGGAUUUAGAAAAAACCAAAAGCAAAAUCGAAUAGGUCGAAAUGUAAUCCCACGCCGACUGAUUGAGUGGUGCGCAUUACACCUUUAAAUAAUUUCCGGAACCUGGGUUUCAUGUUGAAGAAUGAAAAUGUUUUUAUGUUUUAAUUUGUAUAAAAAAUCUGCGUCUCCAUAUAAACUCAUCGUAAACGAAAAGCAAAAUAUCAUCACAUUCACACCUUUCCUUUCCUUUCCUUUCCUUUUGGCUUUUAUUUUAUUUUCUUUUCCCCUUUUUUUUUUGCUUUUUUGUAUAUUUUCUUUUUUUUUUUUUCAAUGGUGAUGGAGGAUAACGAGAGUUGCGGGAGCAAAGCGAACGACACAUCGCCGUUGCAGAGCCGGCAACAGCGGCAAAAGCUCGAUGUGUACAAUGAGGUGCUCCGGCGGCUUCGAGAAUCCGACAAAGAAGAGGCUAAUCGGCCUGGUUUCGAAGACGAACUUUGGACUCACUUCAAACGUCUCCCCAGUCGCUAUGCGUUGGAUGUGAAUGUGGAAAGAGCAGAAGAUGUACUUAUGCAUCAAAGGUUACUGCAUUUGGCUCAUGAUCCUGCCAACAGACCAGCAAUGGAAGUUCGUCUCGUGCAGGUCCAAUCUAUUUCUGAUGGGAGUUUAGCUGAUUCUACUCUUUCCAACCCCCUGCGUGAGGAAUCAGCUCAAAGUUCUCAGAAACACUCUAGUGGGCAGAGCAAACAUCCACCACCUGCCUUUGGCUCAUCGCCUAAUCUUGAAGCCCUUGCACUUGAAGUAAAUGAAUCUCAAGAUCAAGAUGGAGAUAGUUCUGUACAUGCCAAUUCACAAUUUUCCUGGCCCAUGCAUGAAAUUACAUUUUCAACAGAAGACAAACCAAAGCUUCUCAGUCAGUUGACCACAUUGCUUGCUGAGAUUGGGCUGAACAUCCAGGAAGCACAUGCAUUUUCCACAAUCGAUGGUUACUCCUUAGAUGUUUUUGUUGUUGAUGGUUGGCCUUCUGAGGAAACAGAGCAGCUUAAAGUUGCUUUGGAAAAGGAAGUCUUAAAACUUGAGAAGCAAUCUUGGCUGAAGCACAAUUCCUUUUCUCCUACAAGGGACUAUGAGGAAAUGGGCACCAAUGGUGAUCAGAAUUAUGUGGCAAUUCCAAAUGAUGGGACUGAUGUUUGGGAAAUUGACCCUAGACACUUGAAGUUCGAGAAUAAAGUUGCAUCUGGGUCAUAUGGCGAUCUGUAUAAAGGUACUUACUGUAGUCAGGAAGUGGCUAUUAAGGUCCUAAAGCCAGAGCGUAUAAAUGCUGAUAUGCAGAAAGAGUUUGCCCAGGAAGUUUUCAUCAUGAGGAAAGUUCGGCAUAAGAAUGUUGUACAAUUUAUUGGUGCCUGUACCAAGCCUCCAAGCUUGUGUAUUAUAACAGAAUUUAUGUCUGGUGGAAGUGUAUAUGACUACCUUCAUAAACAGAAGGGUGUUUUCAAGCUUCCAUCAUUGCUUAAAGUUGCAAUAGAUGUUUCCAAAGGAAUGAACUACUUGCACCAAAAUAAUAUAAUCCAUAGGGAUUUGAAGGCUGCCAAUCUUCUAAUGGAUGAAAAUGAAGUGGUUAAGGUUGCUGAUUUUGGGGUUGCUAGAGUGAAAGCUCAAUCUGGAGUUAUGACGGCUGAAACUGGAACUUAUAGAUGGAUGGCUCCUGAGGUUAUUGAACACAAGCCAUAUGAUCACAAGGCCGAUGUUUUCAGUUUUGGGAUUGUAUUAUGGGAGUUGUUAACUGGAAAGCUUCCAUAUGAAUACUUGACCCCAUUGCAAGCUGCAGUUGGAGUAGUUCAAAAGAUGCUGGCAACAAGAUCCCACACUAAGACCAGAUUUUUCUGAAAUUAUAGAGAUUUUGCAGCAAAUUGCCAAGGAGGUAGGAGAUGAAGGUGAUGAUCGGCACAAAGAGAAAUCUUCCGGAGGAUUUUUGUCUGUCCUUAGAAGAGGCAACCACUAGCGUAGACAUAUG